AUGAAUUCUACUUUUGUGCAGAAUGUUCCCAGUGAGCUUAUCUGCUACAUCUGCAAGGACUAUUUCACAGACCCUUUCACCCUUACCUGUGGGCACAACUUUUGUACUCCUUGUCUCUGCCUCUUGUGGGAAGAUGCUCAGCAUCCUCCUCGCUGCCCUGUGUGCAGGGCAGUAUCUCCAUGAACAGACUUCAAAAGCAUUAUUUUUGCUGCAAAACAAGUUCAUGUUUCCAAUGAAUCAGUUGCCUGCCAGUUACCGAACUCUGCCAAGGAAGUCGGUAGGAUACACCUAGUAGUAAAGGACCUCUUCUGUCCAACUGACAAGAGCCCACUGUGCUUGCACUGUGCCAAUUCCCAAAGGCAUGCCACUCACAGACACUCACCAAUAUCACAGGCUGUAUACCAAUAUCAGCAGUGCAGGGAGAAACUUCUGCUGCAAAAGAAGUCUAUUUGGAAAAGCAGACAGAAAAAUCUAAACAAAGAAUACAACUUAUUUAGAGUAUGGCAGGGUUUUGUAAAUCUACGGAUGAUGAUGAUCAGGGCUGAAUAUCCUAAGGUAUACCAAUAUCUCCACGAAGAAAAGCAAAAACAUUUAGAGCGCCUGGCAGUUGAAGGCAAGAUAAUUUUUAAUCAACUCCGGAGAAAUGUAGGGAGAAUGCAUCACAUGGGGAAACUCCUGAGAAAAAUGUAUGAGGAAAUGUGCUGUGAAACAGAUGUGGACCUGUUCCAGGAUUUGGGAGACAUCAUGAAAAGGAAUCAGUUAAUGCAGCUGCACAUUCCCCAGCCUGUGAACCCUCAGCUGAGCUCAUGGACCAUCACAGGGAACAAAAGGCUUAACAACUUCCGAGUGUAUCUUACAUUGGACCGUAACAUAAGCAAUUAUCACCUGGCUCUGUUUGAAGACUUGAGACACUUGCAAUGCAGUCCUGACUAUCAAGACAUGCCCCACAGUCCAGCAAGUCCACAAUACAUGCCUUUGUGGGGAGCUCAGACCUUCACCUCUGGCAAACAUUACUGGGAGGUGGAUGUGGGAAACUCUUGUAACUGGAUAGUAGGACUUUGCAAGGAAUCCUGGAUAAAUCGCAAUGGUAUGCUGCUCAACUCUGAGGGUAUCUUUCUACUCCUGUGCAUCCAAAUGGAUGACAUCUGCCACCUCUUCUCUGCCUCCCCACCAUUGCGCCACUACAUCCAAAGACGCCAGGGCUGGAUAGGGGUGUUUCUAGAUUACGAAUGUGGUACAGUAAGCUUUCUUAAUGUUGCCCAAAGCUCCCUCAUUUGUAAUUUACUCUCAUGCUCCUUUUCUUGCCCUCUCAGACCUUUCAUUUGCUAUGGACCCAAAUGA